GGAAAUGACUGCAGUUAUUCGUGGAGAUCCCCAUUUUCCUAAAUCAUCUGUUUUUAGGCUAAGUAUUUGUUUUGUAUAUUCGGAUUUUAUAGGCUAUCUAAAGUGGCCAAAGCUUUGCAGCAUCUUAUUUAAGGUUUUAUUAUCGUCGACGUCUGGCCUACCUCAUAGGCAAUUAAAUGUUGGGAGAAAAGGCACAAGGCGUCCCUUUGAAAGUAAUGGACUACACCUAUGAUGCCGAUCUGGAAGAAUUGUGUCCUGUUUGUGGAGAUAAGGUCUCAGGAUACCACUAUGGACUCCUUACAUGUGAAAGUUGUAAGGGCUUCUUCAAGAGGACAGUCCAGAAUAAUAAGAGGUACACUUGUGCAGAAAACCAGGAGUGUAAAAUAGACAAAACACAGCGGAAGAGAUGUCCCUUCUGCCGAUUCCAGAAAUGCCUCAAUGUUGGCAUGAGAUUAGAAGCGGUGCGUGCAGACCGCAUGCGUGGGGGCAGGAAUAAGUUUGGCCCCAUGUACAAGCGGGACAGAGCCAUGAAGCAGCAGAAGAAGGCUUUGAUCCGUUCGACAGGCUUCAAGCUGGAUUCUGCUCCUCCACAGCUCUCGCCUGUACAGACUAACUAUGGCUUCACCGGCACCCUGCACAGCCUCCCAUCCCUCCCCAAAGGCCUUAUGCCCUCCAUCCCAACCUCCAUCAACCCCACAGACUACGAGGCCAGCCUCUACGGACCCCCCUCCCUGGGGGUGGCCAUGCAACCCCAUGGGCCCCUGCCCACCCAGUACCAGUACACAGCAUUCCCCAGCAGGGCCAUCAAGUCUGAGUACCCUGACCCCUACACAAGCUCCCCAGAGUCUCUGGUGGGGUACCCCUUACCUGACGGAUACCCCUCCGGUGGCUCCCCGCAGCUUCCCAGCCAGCCCCCCCUCGUGCUGGAGCUGCUGCGCUGCGACCCAGAUGAGAUGCAGGUGCAGAGUAAGAUCAUGGCCUUCUUGCAGCAGGAGCAGAGUGGCCGGGGCCGACAGGAAAAGCUCAGCACCUUCAGCCUCAUGUGUCGCAUGGCCGACCAGACUCUGUUCUCCAUAGUGGAGUGGGCCAGGAGCUGCAUCUUCUUCAAGGAGCUCAAGGUGGGGGAUCAGAUGAAGCUUCUUCACAACUGCUGGUCUGAGCUGCUGGUUCUGGACCAUGUCUUCAGACAAGUGCAACACGGGAAGGAGAGCAGCCUGUUGCUGGUUACUGGCCAGGAGAUGGAUCUGUCAUCCAUGGGGUCCCAGGCAGGGGUGACUCUUUCAGGACUGGUCCAGAGAGGACAGGUGCUGGCUGGGAGGCUACUUACCCUGCAGGUGGACAGGAGAGAGGUUGCCUGCCUUAAGUUCCUCCUUCUCUUCAAUCCCAAUGUAAAGCUGUUGGAGAAUCAAGCGUUUGUGGAGAGUGUUCAGGAGCAGGUGAAUGGGGCUCUGCUGGAAUACACUCUGUGCACCUACCCCCUGUACCUGGACAAGUUCAGCCAGGUGGUGAUGCGUCUGCCAGAGCUGCGAGCCCUCAGCACCCAGGCAGAGGACUACCUGUGCUACAAACACCUGAGUGGGGAGGUGCCCUGCAACAACCUGCUCAUCGAGAUGCUGCAUGCCAAGAGGGCCUGUGUAUGAGCACCACGCUACCAUCACUAUAUACCAACAGACUGUCUGUGGGACUGACGCUGUGGAAGCCAGACAGGGUUUACGAUUACAACCCAGAGAGAAUGAUGUGUGUGUUUCUGUGUGUGCGUGUGUGUGUGCAUGCGUGUUUGCGUGAGCAGCCCCUCUGUCCUAGGUGUGUGUAAACAGAAUAUGGACUUGUGUUUUUGGCAGUUCUUUAAAUGUACAUAGAUAACAUUUACAAAAGAAGCUUUGUUAUGAUACUGUACGUAAAUGUAACUUUGCCCUUUUCUUGAAUUCAGCAGAGUGAGGUGUUAUAUCAGAGCUAGUGGAGAUAUUUCAGAUUCUUCAGAUGAAAGAGGAACUAUAACACACGUCAUUCAGACUUGUCCUAGCCUUUCAAAUAUAGUGUAAACACUACAUUUAUUUGAGCACUUGUUCCUUUGUAAAUUGUCACCAACUUUACCACAAAGAAAUUGUUGUGUGAAAAAUAAGUUAUGUUCAAUAUAUUUUUUUUUCUAUUAGAUAUUGAUAUUCUAAUAUAUUAACUACACGUGUUUACAAGAAUCACAUAAGCACAUUCAUAUUCAGUUUAACCUUAGAGUCGAUGUCUUUGCCCCCGUGGAAAUCUAAUUAGCAUAAUUCAAAAAUGGACAUAAAUACCUGUCAGUUUAAGCUAGAGAUAUAUUUUUGUUGUUUCAUUGGAUGCGUCUCCAUCCACCACAUCCCCCGAUGUCGCAGUUCCGCAUCUGCGGUGAAAGGUGACAGAGCUAGAGUGCUGUUUGACAGACCAUGAGACAUCCCGAAAAUCAGUCUUUUCACAAAAUCACCUCCAUGGAAAGAUGAGACUAUCACAAACACAAACAUGUUGGUCUGCUCUAGGACACCCACAGGCCUCACAUGACAUGUCUGAAGGUCCCCCGGUACCAGUUGAAACAAUGUAUGGAAGUACACUAUCUGUUGUUCCAUGUAGUAAAUCUGUUAUUCAAUGCUUUUAAGGCCAAAAAUAGCAGUAAAGGCCAAAAAUAAUUUUCCAUCAAAUAAUUUGUACAUAUUUUUUUCUGGAUACUUCAAGGGGUCUUAAACUUCAAAAAUCAAAUAGCGAAAUGAUCCUUGGUAUGGCCUUCUUAAACCAAUUCCAUAUAGCCUAGAACCCCCCGGGUGGGUUAAUGACAGUCUGUUACUCCAUGGAGAUAUUUGCUUAAAGUGAUAGAAAGAGAGAGAGAAAUAGUGGAGAUGGAAAAUGUGGCACUGAUGUGUGGGACAGAAUGAAAGGAAGCCAUCUUUGUCUGCAGCCAUUUCUUAUUAACAGAUGACUGGAGGAGGGCCCCAGAAAGAGAAGCCCACAUGUGAGGACAGAAAAAUGAACAACAAAGAAAGCAAUCUCUUAUUAAGUAGACAUGUUAAACAUGAAGGUUGACGGUGUAAAUCCUCUUACCAAAGACCUAUCCACCCUGGCAACAGAGCCAGGUCAAGGAUAUGGGGUCGUGCACUGUGGAUGUUCUCCAGUCCUUUUGUAGUCACAUAAUGAACGAAAACAUGUAAUUGGCAAUGUAUGCAAUGUUUGCUUUCCAAGGUAAACGUGAAGGAGAUAUAGGGAAAUCCAAUUGUAUUGAAGUGUAAAGAGAAUACAGACCAAUCGUACUUGAGAAAUGGCAUAUGAAGUGGAAAACAACAAGUAUCAGAAUUGCAAAGGUAUGAGGAACAACAUCAACAAAAACAACAUUUUAUACGCACGUAUUUGUCAUUUCAGCACAUAUUGAAGCAACAUGUUUGAAUUGGUCACACAGACAUGGCAGGGUUGGCUCUAUUAACUUCUUCUAGACAAUCAUAACACUUGCCUUAAGAUAACCCUGGCCUGUCUGUCUGUGAAUAUAUGGACCAUGGUUUAGUAACUGAUGUGAGAGUCAUCUGUACCUCUCCACUGUAGUACAUUUCAAUUGGGAAACAUGACAAGAUUAACACAGUGAGCUGUACCAAGCUCAGAUGUUUCAACAAACAGAUGUCUCUGUUUGUAAUUGGUUCUCUUGAUGUUGCUUUUGCUUCUAUUGUGUUUUACCUUAUUCCGUGCGGUCCCAGUCUUAGUCGUUUUUGGUGAUGAGAUCUGUUUAUAGUCCUCAUUCUCAAACUGUCUGUGCUGGUCCACUUUGUUUCCUCUCUCAGCAAUUUGAAUGCUUUUCAAACACAAACAAUCAAAAUGUUUUUUUUUUCUUGAAAUAUAUUUUAUUGUAAUAGCAUCAAACCAAUAAAUGCAAUUAAGUAAAGCUCUACUUAUGUGUUGUCCAUUUCUAUUGAACCACCCUGCAAUUUAUCAAUGACAUUGGGGUCAUAUAUACCUAAUACAUUCUUUUAAAAUACUCGGGAGGCUAUCCAGGAUAGUGGCAGCAAUUUAUGAGUCAUGAUAAUGUAAUUCCUAGUAACGUGAAAGUCUGUGAUUUUUGGCUGAUAAGCCAGGGCUACUUCACAAAUACAUGUGUAAAUGUACAUUUCAGCCAAUGACUACAAAGGGCACAAAGAUUGGAGGCCAUUAACAGUAAUUAAACAAUGCUUUUGAGAAACAAAGUAUAAGGGCUUGGGAAAACCUAUCGUUUUCAUACAAAUCUUAAAAUGUAUUGUCACGAAACAGAUGAACUAGCAUGCUAAUACUGUUGCACUCGCUAAGUAUAGGGGUCUUAGCUCUAGUCAACUGGUCUCUAACCUCAUUUAAGAUGUGUAUAUAUGUGAGAAAUCAGUGCAUGAGGACAGUGUUGUAUGUACAUGUACCCAGGAGACAGCAACCUUAGAUCCAGGGGCAGCUCCUUCAUGACCUCUUUGAUUGUUCAAAGAGGUGAUGAAAAUAAAUAUAUACAAAAAGGAAAAAACACGAUAAUUCUAAACAAAGUCAAGGGUGCACAUGGCUACCAAGAAAACCCUGCAGCCUCACUGCUCUGCAAGCUGGCUCACUCUUGUUUCCAAUCAACACUUAACAAGGAUCCACAAGACUUCCUGGCUGAGCACUUGAGCCAGGGAGUUCCUGCCCCCUGGGCAUGAGGUGUGGAAGUGAUUGGUAGUGUGCUUAUCUGUCCUAACACUAACCCCCCCCCAUAUCAUAACAGUAUAAAAUUACAUCAAACGAGAAAGUACAGUAUAUUCCCUGUGGGAUCUAAAUCGUUUCAUGCAACCAUUUGAGCUGUAGUGAAUAAUGUGUCUCAGUUCAGAGCGCACCUUCCUGUAGUGGAGAUAGGGAGAGGCCAGGAUUUCUGCUGCUUGUUGUAAGGUAGGGGAGGCCAGGGCAGGGAGGAAAGACUUGGGGAGACAGCCAAGCUGCAACUAGCACAGUCUCAAAUACACAUAGUGGUUGUCUGGUGAUACAGUAGGUGGACAACAGGUGAUAGGCUUCAUAAAGUCUCUUUAUGAGCUGCCCAGUCAGUCCACAGUAAGUCAGCAGCCGAUCUCUACUAUCUAAUACUGUUGAUCUAUGAGAUGAUCUGUCAUCCUACUAUCCACGUUCUCACACUGACAACACAAUCUUGUUGUCUGGUCAUAUGAUUUCUUACAGUAGUAAAACCCUUUAAUCCUAGAUUCAAAGGUUUAUAUCCAGUUUACAGUGAUAACUACUGUCUAGUUAUGUCUGUAAAAACAAAAAGUACACACACACACACACACACACACACACACACACACACACACACACACACACACACACACACACACACACACACACACACACACACACACACACACACACACACACACACACACACACACACACA